AUGGCGGACGAAAAACAACCGAGUGCCCUGCUUAGAAGGCACGAUCAAUUGAAACGUUGGGAAGAAUCUGACACAAAUAGGGCUUCAACUACACUAUCUUCACAUAACAAAAAAGUUAAAUUUCAGGAUGGAUGUGUUUUUCUUGCCGCGUGUUCAAGCGGAGAUUGUGAUGAAGUUUUGCGAAUGAUAGAAAAGAAUGCAGAUAUCAACACUGCAAAUAUUGAUGGACUUACAGCUUUGCAUCAGGCAUGCAUCGACGACAAUCUGGAUAUGGUCGAGUUCCUGGUGGAGCAUUCUGCUGAUGUAGAUGUGUGCGACAACGAGGGUUGGACGCCACUUCAUGCCACAGCGUCAUGUGGUUUCACAGAAAUAGCCAGGUACCUCAUACGGAUUGGUGCCAAUGUGGCAGCAGUCAAUAAUGAUGGAGACCUACCUUUCGACAUUUGUGAAGAUGGAGAGAUGGAAGCACUCCUACAAGAGGAGAUGGACAGACAAGGGGUGGACGCAGACGCUGCACGGUCCGAAGAAGAAAAUCAGAUGUUGGCAGAUGCCAACAAGUGGCUGAGCAAUAAGUCCGUCAAAGAGAAGCGACACCCCAAGACGGGAGCCACAGCCCUUCAUGUAGCAUCUGCCAAAGGUUACAUGAAGGUUAUUAGUGUGCUGAUUCAGGCAGGCUCCGAUAUCAAUGCCAAGGACUGUGAUGGGUGGACGCCAUUGCACGCAGCUGCACACUGGGGACAAGAGGAAGCUUGUAAAGUCUUGGCUGAACACAUGUGUGACAUGGAUAUCAAAAAUAAUGCUGGCCAGUCAGCAUUUGAUGUAGCAGACUCUGAAAUCAUAAAACUUAUGGAGGAACUGAAAACCAAACAAUGCAAGGACACAGCUGAUUCACAGAAUGAGAUCAUUCAACACCGAGGUCAACACCAAAAGAGAAGCCGGAGUGAUUCCACCAGGCCAGUGACUACAACAAUAACAAAUCUUGACCAACCAGACACUGACCCCAGGAGUUCUGUGACACGUAUGAGUGGAGACCAGAAACAGAGUGUGACACUGAAAACCAAAGAAAGAGGAGACCCCAAUCUCAUCCACCAGACAACACCAGAGAGUGAAAAGGAGCCCACAGGCAAAACUAGCUCCAGCUCCGAAGGCGAGGGUGAAGAGUCGUCAGAGUCUGAGACAGGUAAAAACAGUACAGAAAAACAAAAUGCAAUCAAUAACCAAACCUCAGGUGUUAAACAGGUCCACGAUAAACCUAGCACUACUACUGUUGAAAUCCAGAAACCUGAAAUGCCUAAAAUCGAUGAAAAAGGUGAAUUGGGACAAAUUUCAAAUGACCUUGAUACUCAAAAUGAGGCAGAUAAGGUGGAAAUAAGUAUCAAGGACCAGGUGCCCCGAAUUGAACGAAUAGGAGACGGUGAUAAUCAACUAACUGUCCCCCUUCCUAACGAGAUCAGUAAACCUACCAACCCUAAGGAGGUGCCAUCUUGGCGUGCCGGGCUCAGGAAAACAGGCAGCACAAGUCAAGUGACCGGCUCAGUUAUGUCAAAAGAGAAAGACACUGACAAAUCACUGGCGCGAUCUGCGUCCAGCCCUCGACUCGACAACAACCAGGAUAAGUCUGGAAACAAGGUGUCAUUCCCUGCCUCCACUGUAUCGGAGACUUCGGACUCCCGUUCCACUGACAGAUAUAGUUCACAAUAUGGCAGCUCUGGACCAUACCGCCGACCAACCUCCUUCACCUCCACCUCGUCCUCCUAUCUACCAGCGUACAUCCCCUACUACACUCGUCAACAGGAGAAUAAUGAACGCCGAGAACGAGAGAAGGAGUCGGCAGCUGCGGGAAACUCACGCCUCUCUGGCUCAACCACACCAACCUCAUCUACCGGAUCAAGCAUGUCAUCGUCUAUGUCAUCAUCGUCUUCAUCUAACAUCAUUACCUCCCCUUACUCUAAUUACCAAUUUAGUAAAAGAUCUUAUGAACCACCAAAACGAGAUGAGGAGGCAGAGACCCUAAGAAAGGCUCGGGCUAAGCGUGCUCGGGAGACGAGACGGUCUACACAGGGUGUCACGUUAGAAGAUAUACAGCAAGCAGAAAAAGCCCUGAAGGAUCCAUCAAAGGUAACUUCCACAACCACUGGGACGACAACAACUACAACAAGCAGUACUAGUGUUACGGACGACAAGAGUCGGGUAUCUGAGGCUGGAUCCCAGAAGGACAGUGAACGAGUACCUGGCUUAGAGAGUACCAAGAAGGAAGUGAGUGCUACAGAGGACACUACUGUGCCACGUCGGCGCACACUGGAAGAACGGCGACAGGAUGACCUGAGAAGUAGUUACAGAAAGUCUCGAGAUACCACCAAGGAUUACUCUACUGAUUCUGCCUACAUACCUCGGCGAGAUAGGAACACACUGUCCACAUCGGACAGUUCCUCCACCACUUCUAGUCUGAAUACCGGGUCUGGGCUUACACGCACCUCCUCACUACGCACCAACCGGAUACGCAAUGGAGAGUUAGAAAGUCGUAAUGAAGAAAAAGAAGAACGACUAAAAGAUUCUAAAGAUGAUUCACAAGAGAAAUCCCAUGAUAUGAGGACAGUACGAGCUCGAAGAACAAGGAAGGAAAGACGAUCAACGGGUAUAGUGUCCUAUGAUGCCAAAAAUGAUAAAAUGCUAACAUUGCCAAUAGAUUUUUGUUUUGAAAAGGAUGAAGACGAAAAGGAAGAAGAAAAAGAAGAAAAGAAAGAGACUGAAGAUAAGAGUUCUUAUCGCCAUAGAGGACAGUACAGUUCAACGUCAGAUGUGGGUGACAAGUAUUCUUCUCGGCCUAGCUCUUACGCCGACCACUAUCAGUCAACACCCUCUCUUGACUCUAAUUAUAAAAAGCUAUAUGAGGAUGAAAAAUACACGACAGAGCGACUACGUAAGGAGUUGGAGAGAACAAAGAAGGAGCUACUAGAUGCUAAAGCAGAGCUAGAUCGACUGGUGAAACGGACAGAGGCAAAUAAGGCGUCAGAUUCAAACGAUAAACGGGAAAAACGGGCAUUAGAACGAAAACUUUCCGAAAUGGAAGAGGAACUGAAGAAAAUGGAUCAACUUAAAGAUGAUAACAAGCGCUUAAAAGAGGAGAAUGGUGCGUUAAUCCGAGUGAUAAGCAAACUGUCGAAGUAGUGUUUUAUGUGACUGGUCUGGUCAGAGUUUGGCCAACCAGUCAUGACACUACAAGGACUUUAACGGAAGGUGCAAUGUUCUUAGGAGAUGCAGUGGCAUUUGGAAUUACAAGGAGUGUAUGCAUGUGUGUGGACGUUGAUGUGGGUGACCUCAGCACAUAGUGGAGAGAAUUAAUCUCUACGGUGGAGACAUGCAUGGACGAACAUUUGGAUCGCUGUAUGUGUGGGGGGUAAUGAUGAGGUCCCAGGUACAUUACCCAACUCCUGCUUAUAUUCCAACACAGGGAAAACACAGCUCCUGUAACCCAGUUUUAUCACAUGACGUUCACGUCAGUUUGACAUGUGCACCAUAUGUUGUUAAGGGUUUGUUUCCUGAGAUGUAUGGUGCAUAGCUACAUAGAUGACGCAUCAGAUGUCGAAACAUGCAAGAUUGUCAUAGUGAUAAGCAUGUGUAUACAAUACGUGCCAAGCAUUUUAGACAUAUUGGGAAAUAUGUCACACAGUUAAAGAAACAUGCUUGUCCUAGUUGGGUAAUUUAAGUCACCAUACAUUCGGAGAUGUUUGUAGGUGAGGUGUGACUGCAAACCAACGUGCUUUUCAUAGUUAAAUGACACAGAUAUUGACAAGUAUUAACUCGAAACAGAAAUGUUCUUACCCACAACAUUGUUUUAGCAGAAAAAUGUCAUAUCAUCUGUCAUCUCGCAAACUGAUUCUUAAUUUGAGCUUAUUUGAUAGGUUUUAAUUUUCUGGGUCACUUUCUAAGUCUUCCUUUUUCUGUCUGGAGUGAUAUGAUGGUGUGGGAGAUGGAGUUUAUUCACACUUUAUCUCUUGUCAAUAGUAGGUCAGUCUGUAGGUAUAUAUGUAAAGUACCUAUUAUAUUAAGCUUAGCAUAACUAUGUAUAUAGCUAUAUAAUAAACUAUAAUAUAUCUGUAUAGGAACUAUAUAUGUAAAUUAAUAUUGAAGCUAUAAAUAGAAUUGAUGAUUACUAUUUGCUACUAUUAUUAUUGUUUGACAGAGGUAAAGUGUGUUUAGACAUCUACCUUCCCGUACAACCAUGGUCCCUAGAAUUAUAUUGGCUCAUAUUUAUUAUCCAGAGUUUUAGUUUGGUUUUAGGCUAUGAUCUGUUUAGUGCACCUGUUCAAUAAACUAAUUGAUAAUAACAGGAAAUUGAUAAAACCGUAAUGGCUUAGAGGUUUUUUUUUCAUCUUUGAGAAUACGUAAUUUCUUACAAAGGUAGGGAGACCUGCUUUUGUUGUACCAGAUAUGUUAAAAGAUUCAUAAGUGAAGUGUUAACAUCAAAAUAUUUAUAAUUUAUGCAUACUGCCAGAAACAACACUAAUUAAAUCAAAGUUUGAAAAAUAUAUUUGGUUUGUUAAACAAAACCUUUCUACUUUUUCAGAGAUUAUAAGUUAAGUCAGCUGUUUAUUCCUAUUGGGGAAAUCCUCAAUUCAUGAAAGUGCAUCAUAUUAUUAUUAGUUAUGGACUUAAUUAGAUAGGGAGAUACUUCUUGAUUUAUAAUUUGCACAUUUAUUUCAGUUUUCAAAAAAGAAAAGAUUUAUAAAAUGAAUAAUGUAUGGAAUGAAGUUGUUAAUUGAAUUGACCAGAAAAGUAAUUCUGUAAUACUGUUUGUGAUAUUUGUGUUUAUGUACACAGGGUAGAGAACAAUUAGCUCUUUUCCAAAUAGAUAUCCAAAAGUUGGUACAUGUCAAUAUGUACCACUUUCCUAUUCUUUGUCUCAACAUCUGUAUAAGUAGGUGUUAUUUUUCCUAUAUGGCUAACUGUUUGACACUUAAGGAGAUGGAAAAAACAUAUUUUAAGAAGUCAGUACUUUGCAUACAAUUAAGUGUUUUUUUCUGUCUGAUGCACAUUUUCAUUUGUUGGGUUUUGGAAUUUUCCCCUGUUUUUGUCUUUAUUUAGUGGUAACAGUUAGUAUUCUGGGCCCUGUUGUUAUCAGAUUCAUUAGCAUUAGAUUUCAUUAAGACAAACAUUCAAAUAAUAUUGCAAAAUAUUACCUGUGUAGGUUUUCAUCGUUGUGAUGUCCAGAAUGCUUCAGAAAUGAUUAAAACAUCUUAAGUCUAACAGCUAAUGAAGCUUGAUAUAACAGGGGUCUGAACUGUAGAAGAAUAAUAUAAGGUAGCUGAAAGUUACAGAAGUUGUCUCAGAGGUCAUAGGAUAUGAUGGUAAUAAUAUGAGAUGCUUGUCAAUUGCUGAUCAUUCAGGUAUAAACAUUACCAAAAGCAAUUUAGUGGAUAUUGUAAUUUUUUUCUGCAGGAAUUAUUGUUCAAGUCUGAUGAGUUCCACCCUUGAUGAUUUUUUUUGGGGGGGGUUGUUUAACCUUUUGACCUCUGAGAUAACAUAUCUGUAAUUGAACAGGGGCGAUUACCUCAGUAUACUAUAUAUAUAACGACAAGAUUAACGAAAGCUAACUACCAUAUAUGUAUUAUGUAUCGUUGAUGUAGCGCAACGUCGAGCUAACUCACUUUAAACUGUGUACAUGGAAACAUUAACAGGUGACCCAGAUAGUUCAUUGUUUGUUGCCUAUUUAAGACUUAAAAAUUGUAUGUAUUCUUGUGUAAGAUUUCACAAUGCGGUGUACAAGGAAAACGUAGAUAUCCUUUGUUUUGAGAGUAGUAGUCAGUUAUGUAUCUGCUGCCUGUUUACGUUAUAAUGGCACUUGUUUUAUAUAGACUGGUCCAUACAUCACAUUGUAUAGGACCCAGGACUGUUUUCCCUUGGUGAUAUAUCUGAAAUAAUCACAUGACCUCACAUUGACCAAUCAGAGGGGAGGAUCAAUGAGGUAUUGCUGCAGAUGUCUCCUCUCUUUCCAUGUUACAAUAUGGUGCUAAUAAUUGCAAAAUACAUUGUACUUCUUUCAUAUGUUUCCAUGGUAACCUCAUGUUAAUCAUGAUUUUAAUUUUUUAGUGUGUUCAUAAGUACUUUGUAGUAUUUGAUUGAUUGUGCUCAUUACAUUUGAUAAAUUAUGUAUGGACAAUGCUCAGCCUUAUCGAAGGAUAUAAUCCUGUUGUAACAUACUGUAGUCAGAUUUGUGUAGAAGUAAAAUAUCAGGAGUCAUCCCUGCUGAUUCAUCAGGCCAGGUUAACCUGUGAGCCCAAUCCCAUACUACCAUAUUCUAAUUUAAACAUGAUGAAAAUGAAGUGGAGCCCAACAUCUACCAGACUGGAUCGUUUCCUCCAAGCUACCAUUUGUGUGGCAAUAAAGUAUUGAAACAUUUUGAUUUUAAUUCAAAUAAGUUAUUCGUCAGAUAAUUUCUUGACACAAUUUUUACAUUGUGUUUGAAAGCAUUCAUCAUCAAAUAAUAUUUUGUAAAAUUGGUAUAUAAAAUAUCACUUGCAAGGGAUUUGAGACAAAUCCUUAAGUUUUGAGAGUAAUCUAGUGGUAAAGUGACAGGAAUGUUUUGUUGGGACAGUUCUCAUGUUUCCAUGGUGAUAAAAGUGAAUUCUCUGUUAUUUAUCUGUGUUAAGCUAUGAUUAUUGUAUAAAAAAGUCAUCAGCAACUCCACCAUUUAUCAUCUAGGUGUCCAAGAAGAUAUCAUUAUCAGAUCUAUAUUAAGAACUGAUUUACAAUUCCACUUCCAAUAUGAGAUUAAACAUGUGUAGUCAUUUGUACAUGUUAAAGAUAACCUGUACAGCUAUUUAAUCAUGUGAAAAUGCCAAUUGUAAAUAAUAAACCUGUAAAUAUAUGUAAAUAUUGUACAUAUAGUGGCUUUGGGACACAUAACUGUUGGAUAUUAGUCUUAAACCCUAAACAUGCAUUAUGUUUCUAGCAAUGUUCGAUAACAAUUGUACAUGUCUAUAUUAUGAAUAUAUAUAUUUUGAUCUCAGAUAUUACAGCUUGUUGAAGCUCUAUUUUCCAAAUAUUAUAUUUUGACAUAUUUUACGUUUUUUGAAUGCAAGUGAUGGUCAUGUUUUUGAUGGUUAUGGCCUCUUUCUACACUGACCGCGCCCAGCACCCUCUACUGCCAAAUCUCGCUGGGCUUCACAUAAAUAGGCUUGUUAUACUGGUAGUGUAUCUCUGAUACAGACAGUGGAUGAGUGGUUUUUAGUGCCCCCCUGUCUGUAACAGACUAACACUUUUACAUUACUGCAGGUUGUACCUUUUACUAACCAAACACCCAUCAUAGUUGGUUUGGUCAUGUCUUGUGCUUGAUUUGGUACUUAACACUUGGCUGUAAGCAUCAGCUUUGCAACUGUGAAGGUUCAAUUUCAUCUUGGGUCUUUUAUUUCACUUCAGUGGUACUUGACCUUUGAUGACCUUUUAACCUUUGCAGAUCUGCCUCCUUAGGUGACAUGUUGGACUUAAGGCCUGCUUACAAUGUAGACUGCUAAGUUGCCAUGGUAACAAGAUGGACUGCACACAACUUACAUACAUUUACCAUUGUUAAAGAACCAGGUCUUUUGAGCUUAAAUGACCUUUGACCUCGUCUUUAGGGGCCUGGGUCACUGACAAAAUGAUCUGUCAGUGACCUUUGACCAUUAGGACAUGGCUUUUGCGUCUCUCUGGGUGACAUGUUGGACCCAGGGUCUGCUCUGGAUAGGUGACCUUUGACCUCUGGCUGUUUUAAACCCUCAAGUUGCCCGAUAUUGAUUGUUGUUGUUUUUUCUCUAUUGUUAAUUGUUGCCAUUUAUUGUUGAUACUUUUGCAUACAGGGUUUAUGACCAAGUCUACACUGUCAUUCCCUAUGCAACUGUACAAUAUUAUAUAUUUAUUGCUUGUUCAUGUUUUUGGGGGCUUUUCCCUGCCUUAAUUGUGUUGACAACUGUUUGACAUAACAGACACCUACCACCAUCGCUUACUAGCUCACUUUAGAGCUUUUCGUUAGGGGUGUUUAGUGGUGAUUUCGUCUGGGAUGGAGGAUUGGUAGAUGUGUUACUAUGUCAAAUAGGUGUGGUAGUCACUUGUUUUGUGUACAGACAUCUGAUAGUGUAGCUCAGCAACAUAACCUUGUAUCCCUGGCAACCAGUUGUUGGAUUCUAUGGGAAUCUGUUCUUAUGCAGGUAUACGGAUGGUUAUUGUUUGGUAUUGUACAUUAUGGCACCCCGUUUGUCCGUCAUACUGACAGAGGACCGGGGAAGGCUUUCCUUCGGUGACAUGUUGGACCCAAGGUUUGUACAACACCGAUGGCAGUGUUACAUGUACAAAUGUCUAGUUAGUCAGACUGACCUUUAGUUUGCUAUCGCUAGUUGUCUGUGCUAGGUUUGUUUAUACCGUAGUGUGCAGGGUAGAUAGCUUAUGUUCAAGGUCAGUCUCUCUUCCUUAUUUCUUUACCUCCAUUUUCUUCCUCAAAUUCUUCUUUCCAUUGUUUUUUUUUUUCUUUUUUUUUCUGAAUUUGUUCAAGAAAUAUUGACAAGAUGAUAUUUUGAAACAAACUAUUUUUUAAUAACUUUAUUGAUUUAUUUGCAUUAAUCACAAAUAAAGAUAGACUAUCGAUAAAAGAGACUAUGGAUUGGUAUCCGCGGUAAGAAUGCUGAUAUCACAGCCUACAUUGUCGACUACUUGCCAGUGUAUACCCCUGGGAUAUACUUCUCAUGGGGUCUGAUCGGUAGUGGACGGUGUGGGUGUUUGUGUUCCACAGUGACAUGCUGGACUCUGGACAUGCAUUCUUACUACAGCUGAUCCAUAAUAUUGUCCACAAAUUAUCUUUUAAAAAAAGGAGAGCGUCUACUUUUUUCUUCCCUUUGUCUAUUCUUGGUGGAAGUAAUCUCAUAUUCUGACUUUUUAUCAAUUCUCAGAACACUUGUUUUGAUUUUCUCUGCAGGAAUACAAUUUUUGAAUAUAUUUUUUCCCCAAACUAGUCAAACUGUGAUCCACACUCCAUGGACGGAUUUAUAAAGUGAAUAAGUGAAUAUAGGGAAGCUAUAUUUCCAGAACACGUCUCACUUAUGCAUUCCAGCUGAAUUUAGACCAGUGUGAUAUGGUACUUUUACCUGCUGUUUCCAACAUCCACUUCUGUUCUCAUGUCUCAAGAUAAAGUUCAUAACAAGAAGCAAAAUUUUCUGAUAGACAUUCAUGGGUUCAUCUCAAGUAAAUGUAAACUGAUGUUAGGAAUGAUAUAUUUAAAGUUUUAAAUACGAUAGGUUAAAUGAUGCAGAAAAUGAUGAGAUGGUGCAGAAAACUGAUUAGAAUUCAGAGCAGAACAUUUUUGGUAAAUGUCUUUCAAAGAAAAAUGACAGUGAAAAGUCAUGUGAUUUUGAUAUUAUAAAAACAGAUCAUUUUUAUCAAAUUAAACACAUUUUAUAACAGGCUUUCUCACACUAAAAAUGUUGAUGAUGCCAUGGAUGUAUAAAAACGCUUUGUGUGGCCGAGGAAUGGGUCGGUUUCCCAACAUCAGAAUUUCAGCAUUUACAGAGUUUUGUGGGGGUUGUUUUACAUGAGGGCUUGUGCCUAAAACAGUAUUAUGUAUGAUUUUGUUGUUUUUUUUCCCUUCUUUUAAUGAUGUUUACACACAUUGUGCUAUAUACAUAGCACGGCCAGUGCUAUUAGGUCAGCAUUGACCUUUGAUCUAAAUCAAACGCAUGGGGAUGACCUCUAUUGGAGUGAACCCAUGCCAUAUUAAUUGCCAAAUUUGUGAUAGUUCGGAGACAAUAGCCAACAUCAGAAAUGUCUUUCAUAAGAAGUAAGAAAAAGUUCCAGCUAUUGUUGGAGCUAAGACUAAUGAUGCUCUGGGUGUCGCAAGGACAAAAUAAGUGUACAGCAGGCUUUGCCACCUGUUGUUAACACUAUGUUGAAUUAUGCAUGUAGAUAAUGUUUUAGCAGAUUUUCUAGAACUCACUUUAGUUUAUAUAUUAUUAAUGUGGUUACCAUGGAAACAUAAUUAAAAUACCUUUGUGCAUUUACAUUUUGUACAUACCUUUGUGCUGAAGAAAGUUGCUAAGUUUGGAAUGUUUACCUCCUAUAGAUAUUUGGUCAUGUGAUUGGUCAUAUGAUGAUACAUUUCCAAAGGAAAAAUUUUGUAUGGUGCAAGUGCCAAGUCUACUUCCUUUGCAUGUUGUGAAAUAUAGAAAUUGUAAUCAAUUCUGUAUUGUAAUGAUUCCUGACUAUUUGUGUAGGAAAAUAGCUGUGAAACUACUUAAUAAAAAUAAUUUAAAUUCAAAA